AUGGGGAACCCCUCAGGGUGCGCCCCUGACCCCAUUCCCCCCCCGGAUCCCAGCCGGAUCUACGAGAUCCUGCCGCAGCGGAUCCCCUACUGGAUCCCCAUGGCAGAUCCCAACCAGAUCUCGGCUCCCUGGGGUCCUGGGGCGGGAUCCCCUCGGGGUGCCCCCCUGACCCCAUUUCCCCCCCCGGAUCCCAGCCGGAUCUACGAGAUCCUGCCGCAGCGGAUCCAGCAGUGGCAGCAGAGCCCCUGCGUGGCGGAGGAGCACGGCAAGCGGCUGCUGGAGCGCAUCCGGCGCGAGCAGCACCAGGCGCGCCUGCGGCUGCAGGAGAUGGAGCGCCGCUUCCACGAGCUCGAGGGGCUCAUCGCCCGCGCCAAGGGGCACCCGCCCCGUGAGGACGAGGAGACCAACGACGGGGACAGCGAGGACACCGACCUGCAGAUCUUCUGCGUGUCCUGCGGGCACCCCAUCAACCCCAAGGUGGCCCUGCGGCACAUGGAGCGCUGCUACGCCAAGUACGAGAGCCAGACGUCCUUCGGGUCCAUGUACCCCACCCGCAUCGAGGGGGCCACCCGCCUGUUCUGCGACGUUUACAACCCCCAGAGCAAAACCUACUGCAAGCGCCUGCAGGUGCUGUGCCCCGAGCACUCGCGGGACCCCAAGGUGCCGGCGGACGAGGUGUGCGGGUGCCCGCUGGUGCGCGACGUCUUCGAGCUGACGGGCGACUUCUGCCGCGUGCCCAAGCGCAAGUGCAACCGCCACUACUGCUGGGAGAAGCUGCGCCGCGCCGAGGUCGACCUGGAGCGCGUCCGCGUGUGGUACAAGCUGGACGAGCUGUUCGAGCAGGAGCGCAACGUGCGCGCGGCCAUGACGAACCGCGCGGGGCUGCUGGCGCUGAUGCUGCACCAGACCAUCCAGCACGACCCCCUCACCACCGACCUGCGCUCCGAGCGAUGAGGGACCCCCCCCGGGACCCCCCCGGGGCGACGGGACCCCCCCCGGGGAGAAGGGACCCCCCCGGGGCGAUGGGACCCCCCCGGGGCGACGGGACCCCCACCGGGACCCCCCCCCCCCAGGACACCGGGAUCUCCACGCCAGACCAUCCAGCACCACCCCCUCACCACCGACCUGCGCUCCGAGCGAUGAGGGACCCCCCCGGGACCCCCCCCCCGGGGCAACGGGACCCCCCCCGGGGCAGCAGUACCCCCCCCCCCGGGGCAACGGGACCCCCACCCCCACCGGGACCCCCCCCAGGACACCGGGAUCUCCAGCACCACCCCCUCAGCACCCAGCUGGGCUCCGAGCGAUGGGACCCCCCCCGGGACCCCCCUGGACUGGGCCCCC